GAAGAAUCUCACCGGAGAAGACAGCGGAGGACAGCGAGAGCUUCUGUUAAAGCAGGUCUACACUACACUUUAAAUUAUUUAUUGUAGUUGGAAAAAAGCUCGUGGUUAUGUUUCGUGAUGACGUUUUGCUGAACAAGAGUUUGACAGAGUACAGAUGUAAUACUGAAUAUUUCCCUUCUUAUUGCCUCUCUUCUCGUCCAUGGUUGGCCCUUAAAGCAAUGCUCCAGAGAGGAUGGGACAAGCUUUGUGUAUCUGCUCGCGCAGUGCCAUCACCAUUGAAAACAAAAGAUACUACUUCAUCCAGAAACUAGAAGAAGGUGGUUUCAGCUAUGUGGAUCUGGUAGAGGGUGCUCACGACGGGCGCUUCUAUGCUCUAAAGCGGAUCCUUUGUCAUGACCGUGAUGCCCGUAAGGAAGCUCAGACAGAGGUGGAGAUGCACCAGCUCUUCAGUCACCCCAACGUCCUCAGCCUGACCGCGCACACCUUCACGGAGCGUGGCGGAAAGUGUGAAGCCUGGCUGUUGCUCCCGUACAUCAGUAAGGGAAGUCUCUGGUCUGUUCUUGAGAAAUUGCGGGAUAAGGGUAACUCUAUGCCUGAGAGUCGCAUCCUACACAUUCUGCAUGGCAUUUGUGAAGGCCUCAAAGCAAUUCAUGACAAAGGCUACGCACACAGGGAUCUGAAACCCACCAACGUUUUACUGGAUGAGAAUGACCGGCCUUUCUUAAUGGACCUGGGCUCCAUGAACAGAGCCAAGAUUGAAGUCAAGGGAUCUCGGGAAGCCAUGACAGUCCAGGAUUGGGCCGCUCAGAGGUGCACCAUCUCCUACCGAGCACCAGAACUCUUUAAUGUGGAGAGUCACUGUAUCAUUGAUGAGAGAACAGAUAUUUGGUCUCUAGGUUGUGUGCUGUACUGUAUGAUGAUGCUGGAGGGACCGUAUGACCUGAUAUUUCAGAAGGGUGACAGUGUGGCUCUUGCUGUCCAGAAUCCAGUCUCCAUUCCACAACCUUGCAGUUAUUCUCAAGGGCUUCAAACCCUCCUCAGCUCUACCAUGGUGACCAAUCCUCAGGAAAGGCCCAGAAUCAGCUGGGUUCUUGAGCAGGUCCAGAACCUCAGGGACUCAGAUGGAAUAGCUGUUGAUACAAACCGAGUAUGAUGCUUCUACAAAGGGAGCAGCCCACAUUUGGCCAGAUUGUCUCUUUCAGUCGAGUCGACUCUGGAACAUUUGGACUAUGCGCUCUGUCUAUGGGACAGAAGAACCCACUGAACUCGCAUGCCUUGCAAACAUUUGCUCUCUCUUACCUCAGUGAGCUCAGCACACCAUGGUAAUACACUCAAACACACUCGCACGAGCCAUUGUCUUUGUUGGUGAAUCGCACGAAAACAUAUCCGGGUCAUAUUUCAGGCCAAAAUCAAAUAUAUAUUUGUGAUUAUAUAAUAUAUAUUAUAUACAUAUAAUAUAUAUAUAUAUAUAUAUAUACACACACACACACACACCGAUCAGCCACAACAUUAAAACCACCUGUCUAAUAUGGUGUAGGUCCCCCUUGUGCCCCCAAAACAGCGCCAACCCGCAUCUCGUUUGGCGGCAAGAGGGGGACCUAC